AUGAGAUGGGAGCUGGAACAGCGAUCACCUGCAGACUUAGUCUCGAAAUUGGUGACGGUUCAUGAAAAUCCCUAUUCGGCUGCCGAAGAUGCUCAUGCCAUAGUGGUUCUUACCGAGUGGGAUGAGUUCAAGACGCUGGACUAUGAACGAAUCUACAAGACGAUGAAACAUCCGGCGUCAGUGUUCGACGGUCGGCUGAUCCUCGACCAACGCCAACUACGCGAAUACGGUUUCCGACUUUCGCCAUCGGUUCGGCACCCGACCAAGCGUACAAUCUCUUCGGUGUGCCACUCGAUUAGGAGCAGUUUGGAAGUGCUGUCCAUC